AUCUUUUAGCUUUUACGUUUAUCUUUGCCUAAUUGGGAUGUAGAAUCCGCCAUAUAUUUAUUAUCAUGAAAAAAAAAAAAGAACAUCUUUAACGUAAAAAUUAUUUUUGAUUGCAAACUGAAAAACUAUUUAAAUAAAGUUGCAGAUAACCAUUUUAAAGUUAAAAUCAUAUCCUUUUCUUAUAGACUAUAUACAUCAUGGAGGAUAUAAAUACGUUAUUAGAAGGGUUAACCUUAGAGAAAACAACUAAUACACCUCGUCAUACCAUCACCUCUCCAGCUCAUCUUCUACCACGAGAGAAGAAACAUAAUCCCCUUCAUAUUUUAAAAACUACCAAAGAUACCCAGGGUAGACCUACAUUCAUCGCUGGUCCUAUGGUGCGAUACUCGAAACUUCCCUUCAGAGAGUUAGUGAGGAAUUUUGGCGUCGAUAUAGCAUAUACGCCUAUGAUCCUUGCUAGGGAAUUUGUUCGUAAUGAGGUUGCAAGAGCCUCUGAUUUCACUAGUAAUGAGAAAGAUAGAAGUGUUAUAGUCCAAGUGGGAUGUAAUAAUAUCGAGGAUUUAUUGAAGUUUGUGGAGAUGAUUCAUCCUUAUGUUGAUGGGAUCGGUAUAAAUUGUGGUUGUCCUAUUAAAGAACAAGUUAGAGAAGGGAUUGGUGCUGCUUUAAUGUCGGAAUCUGACUUAGUGGCAUCAAUGGUUAAAGCCGUUAAGGACAAAUAUGGUGAUUUAGUAUGUUUAGAAACCAAAAUAAGAAUUCAUAAAGAUAUAAAUGAAACCAUAGAAUUUGUUAAAAAAGUGGAAGCUAGUGGAGUUGAUUUCAUAACCGUUCAUGGUCGUACUAAAAAUACUCGAUCAUCACAACCUUGUGAUUUCGAUGCCAUUAAAAUCAUAAAAGAUACCGUCUCUAUCCCAGUAGUGGCUAAUGGUGAUUGUUUCAGUUUAGAAGAUGCUCAUAGAAUAGCAGAAUAUACCGGGGUGGAUGGGGUUAUGUCUGCUAGAGGGGUAUUAACCAAUCCGGCUUUAUUUGCAGGGUAUUCAAAGACUCCAUGGUCUGCUAUAGAAUUAUUUUGGGAUUUAGCUACUAGUUAUGGACUUCCGUUUAGAAUUACUCAACAUCAUCUUUCUGAAAUGUUGGAUAAAGUCCUUCCUCGAAAAUAUCUUAAAGAAAUGAAUGAAACUACUUGUUUAAUCGAUUUAAUUGAUUGGUUUGAUUCAAAUUUUAUCUUAAAGAGAAGAGGUGAUGAGAAUUUCGCUACAUCGGUUGAACCAACUUGGAAAACUCAAAGAAGUAAUACGGCCCAUAUAUAGAAUAUUUAUUAAAUUUAUUUAU